CAACAACUCUCCCUGACACGAAACCAACUUGGUACGAUGCUAUCAUCGAACCAGCACAGCAAGGCCACGCUGGUCUUGCUCUUCGCAAAUCAGAAUUUCAUCUCGAUCAAGUAAAAGGUGCCCGACAUGGCAUCAUCAGGUACCCAUCUCAACCAUCAGAAGCAAAGCAUGGCGGGUGUUCAAGCCUUCGGUGAUCCAGACUCCUCACAAGGAGACUUGGUUAUUGAUUGCUUGUUCUGAGAUCAUACCGUUUAAACUUGAUCUGGAUAAUUCCAGCGCGAAGGACUACUGCUGCUUCCUGAUGACCCUUUCCCCUCUAUGUUGGCGUACUGACUAGCUCAGCAUUUGUACCAAAGUCAAGAUGUCGACUGAUAAGAUUACCUUCUUGACCAACUGGCACGCUACGCCAUACCACGCUCCUCUCUAUCUUGCCCAGAGCAAGGGAUAUUUCAAAGAUGAAGGCGUCAAGGUCGCUCUUCUUGAGCCCAACGACCCAAGCGAUGUCACGGAAAUCAUCGGAUCUGGAAAGGUCGACCUUGGCUUCAAGGCCAUGAUCCAUACUCUCGCCGCCGCAGCUCGUGGCUUCCCCGUUCAGUCAAUCGGUUCCCUGCUCAACGAACCCUUCACCGGUGUUGUGUACUUGACCUCUUCUGGUAUAACCCCCGACUUCACAACCCUCAAGGGUAAGAAGAUCGGCUACGUUGGAGAAUUUGGCAAAAUCCAACUCGAUGAACUCACCGCGCACUACGGUAUGUCACCUGAUGACUACCAAGCCAUUCGUGUGGGCAUGAACGUCACACGGUCUAUCAUCACUGGCGAAAUCGAUGCUGGCAUAGGCCUCGAGAAUGUCCAGAUGGUUGAGCUUGAGGAGUGGCUUGCUAGCCAGAACCGCUCGCGCGACGAAGUGAAGAUGCUCCGCAUCGAUGAGCUUGCACAACUCGGCUGCUGCUGCUUCUGCAGCAUUCUCUAUAUCGGAAACAACGACUUUAUCAAACAGAACCCAGAGAAAGUACGUGCUUUCCUGCGUGCGUGCAAGCGCGCAACUGACUUCGUUCUUGCGUCUCCCGACCAAGCCUGGGAGGAAUUCUGCAGCUUCAAGUCCGCUAUGAAUACGCCGACCAACCAUAAGAUCUUUGAACGCAGCUUCGCGUACUUUAGCCCCGAUCUUCAGAAUGUCCAGCGUGACUGGGACAAGGUCACCCGCUACGGCAAGAGACUUGGUGUGUUGGACAACACCUUCAAGCCCAACUACACGAACGAGUACUUAGCUUGGGGUCUUGAGGAUGAAACUGAUGACCCUACUGGCGAUCAGAAGAGGAUGGUGGAGCUGCAGGAGGGUGUUAAACAGCAUGGUGGGUUCAAACGUCUCGAGACCAUGUCUGGUAAGACUGUCAUUGGUGCUGCUGCCUCUGCUGUGGCUUGAUCUGAUAGGUGAAGGUGGAGAUGCACUCAUUUUCUCCAACUAGUCUAUCGGAAAGCCUUCGACCUGAAUGGAUGAUAGCGACAUGUUGACAUACAUGAAUGAAUCAAACCGUCACUCGCUCAAGCUUGCUGUUCAUUACACUCUUGUCCAUAGUCUAGAUGGUAUCCAUCAGUGUACGGUGAUGAUAUUUCAGCUCCGCGCACGAUAUCCACGUAUUCUACCUCACUCACAUCCACGCUCAAAUUGUACCUGCACCUAGGCUGUUCUUGCGAGUAUUGUGACACUCAUUAUAUUAUAUUGCAUACACACGGUGCGCAGCACCAAACUAAGAGGAAAGAGGACAUCGAAAGCCAACCAUAUCGGCUUUGAUCCGUAAGAAAGCAAUCCUCAACGCCAAAGUAUGCAGAGAACCCUAGAGGCAGUUGAA